ACCGCUUCCAACCCCUCGUCGAACUGGUAGGGUGGAUCCUACCUUAGUUUGAGACACUCCGGCUUCUUGCUGCACUGCCAACUGUUCGUGUUACGUCGGCAGCGCUUCGCACUCGUAUAGAGGAACUUCCUUCGUAUAGAGGAACUUCCUGCAAACAGGAUGACCUAGCGAGGUUUUCGGCUCGGGUAUUCAUACCCUCAUGCUGCGGUAACAAAACAAAUAGUGGAGGGGGGGACGGACGAACAGCGUAUAUUACAGCCUGAGACCCCUCCCAUCUUCUUAAAAACAUAAUCUCCAACUCAAGCACACCUUUCCCUUCACGAUUCAAACAUUCGAUCACCAGUGCCAAAAGUUAUCGAUGCAAACAUGAACGCCACGGCAGACACGCCGCUGGAGAGCACACUUCUCAUCGAGGCAACAAACAGAUGGCCUAUUGCUGCGACGGUGCUACUGGCCUUUGCCUUUGCUUUCGUCGUGCAGUCGGUCUUUAAGCACGAUAUAUUGUCAGGAAUUCCCGUAGUUGGAACAGAAUAUGGCGGACAGGAGAGCAGGAGAAAGAAAUUUGUGGAUGGGGGUGCCAAGAACCUCUAUUUGGAAGGAUAUAAGAAGUUCAAGGAGCAAGCUUUCCAGCUUACUACAACAAAGAAAGCAACCAAUAUCGUUGUGGCUCCGAAGUUCAUGGACGAGCUCAAAAGGCUUCCUGAUGACGUGUUGAGCUUUAAUGAAGCCAUAGAGGAGAGCUUACAAGCAAAAUACACUGGCGUCGAGACAAAUAUCGAAAUGCUUCCUCGUUUAGUCAAGACAUCGCUAACGCCGGCUCUUGUUCGACUCAACCCCAUCAUAUCUGACGAGGUUGUUGAGGCGAUGCGAAACGAGCUACCGCGAUCGAGUGAAUGGACCGAGGUCAAAAUUAUGGACAAAUUGAUGCGCAUUAUUGCUAUGGCGUCUGGCCGCGUUUUUGUUGGGCCUGAGCUGUGUCGGAACGAAGACUACAUCGAUUCAGCUAUCAACUACACUGUAGACCUAUUGAAGGCAAUCCAGAAGGUCUCUACUAUACCGCCAUGGAUACGCCCCUUUUUAGCGCCAAGGCGGCCUGAGGUUAGGAAGGUACAAAGGCGCAUUACCGAGGCAGUUGAUUUUCUGAAGCCGAUUGUUCAAGUCAGGAGAGAGGCUUCUAAAGAUCCGGAAUAUCAGAAGCCUGAUGACAUGCUGCAAUGGAUGAUAGACGAGCAAGAGAAGUCUGGCGACAAGGAUAACAAUAACCUUGCCCGUUAUCAGUUGGCUAUUAGCUUCGCCGCUAUUCACACUACGUCAAUGACGGCUACCAACACGCUAUACACGCUAGCAUCGAUGCCCGAGUUCGUUUCCGUUCUUCGCGACGAUGUGCAACAAGCUCUGGCUGAAGCCAACGGAGUUUUCACCAACAUUGCGAUGCAGAAUAUGAAAAAGCUAGAUAGCUUCAUCAAGGAAUGCGUGAGAUACCACGCCAUGGGAUUUUCGUCCUUCCAGCGAAAAGUCCUCAAGACUUUUACUCUUUCCAACGGCCAGGUUAUCCCUGCGGGUUGCAUAAUCGAGGUACCUGCUAUCGGUAUCUACAACGACAAUGAAUUCUUCCCAGAUGCAGACAAAUUCGACCCCUUGCGCUUCUAUAAGAUGCGACAGUCGAAGACGGAACAGAAGACAGUAUCCAAGCAGGUUGAGAUGGUCGCCAAUGCCCAGUUCGUCAGCGUGAGUCAGACUAGUUUGACGUUUGGGUACGGACGCCAUGCUUGCCCAGGUCGCUUCUUUGCCGUCAACGAGAUCAAGAUGAUCCUGGCGACACUGCUGUUGAACUACGAUCUGAGGAACGUAGCAGGAGUCAAGGACAGAUAUCCCGAUUUGGUUUCUGGAUCAAUGGUUAACCCCGAUCCUGAUAGAGUGCUACUUCUGAAGAAACUGUAGUGGAUUACACAGUACUCGUAGAGUCUACGCCUCUGAGUGUGCUUCAAGGCAAAGAACGUCAGCCUAUGCAUGAGAUACUAGUCAAGUAUCAGGAUGAGGAGUUAAAUCGCCAGCUAUAAGGUCAAGACAGUCAUGAGUAAUUUGAAGAGUAGGUUGAUUUGAGCAAGAUAAAUAUCUUACAAUUACUUAGAGCUAGUCGCUGCCAGGAGCAAACCAGUUGCU